AUAUGUAGUCGUUCGUGUAAAAUAAUAAGGAAGCGUCCCUCCCAAGAAAUCCUUCCAAUUUCUUUCUAUCCAAUCACUCCAAAUCAUUUCUUCCCUUUGACACAUAUAUUUGUAGGUCUUUGGAGGUCUUUGGUGUUACGAACUUGUUCGCCUCUCAUCCCAAGUUUCUGCGAAUCUUAAUCUUUCACAGAAUCAGAGAUCCUUUCUUCCAUAGCCGUUUUCCAUGGGUUAUCGUUUCUCGUGCAGCGCCUGAAUCCUUUUAAUGGAGGUUUGUUGGAGGCUUGGAUGAAACUUUGAUUCUGUGAUUGAUUUUCUUCGUUCUUAGAAACAGGGAUUAUUAAAGAUGUUGGGAGAUUUCAUCACCAGAAGUCUUUUGAUGCUUCUUGGAUAUGCAUAUCCUGCAUUUGAGUGCUACAAAAUCGUGGAGAAGAACAAGGUUGAAAUCGAAGAACUCCGCUUCUGGUGUCAAUACUGGAUCAUUGUGGCAAUGCUGACUGUCACAGAGAGGUUUGCUGACAUUUUUAUUUCAUGGUUGCCCAUGUAUGGCGAGAUGAAGUUGGCAUUCAUCAUCUACUUGUGGUACCCCAAGACGAAGGGAACAGGGUACGUGUAUGAAGUGUUGUUGCGGCCUUAUGUAGCAAAGCAUGAGACGGACAUAGAUAGGAAGCUAUUGGAAUUGAGGGCCAGGGUGUGGGACUUGGCCAUCUUUUAUUGGCAACACUGCGCCAAGUUCGGACAGACUACGUUCGUCCAAAUGCUCCAGUUCUUGGCUGCCCAGUCUGCUAGGAUGCCGUCACACGGUGGCUCUGAGAAGGAAGUAGAAGAAGGAAAGUCCACACGCCAAGACAGCAAGAAGAGCGCACAAGCUACCCCAUCUACCACUAUCAAUCACGAUAUUUCUCAACCUUCUAUCCCCAAACACGUACAAAUGCAGGCAGAGAAUGGCUUCAUCACCAGUCCAGAUUCUAAAGCCGGCCCAGAGGGAGAUGGCGAAAAUCAGCUACAUGCGGUUCGCCUGAGACUCAGGCGCUCAAACUCAAGACCGGAUCAGUGAAAUUUACAAAAGAAAACAACAAUUGCUCCCUUUUCUUUUAGUCCAAAUUCCAAAUUCAUUACAUAUCAAUCUCCCUUUAUAUAUAUCAAUCUCCUUUUAUAGAUGUAAAUUUGUCCUUGCUUUUUUUUUUCUUUUGCAAUUCGAAAGUCACACUGAAAAAACCGUGUGCAAAUCAAAAUACACUUUGUAACGGAAUCAAUUCUAUGAAUGAAACAAAAAGGCUCAGCCUUAGCCGCUACGAUCAGUAAAUGACCCCAACCCUUUUGCCCAAUUUGGGUCAUCGGACCCCAAUCAUUCGUAGAAUCCGAUCAAAAGCACGGAUUAUAGCGGAAAAAAUGUGGCGGUUGAUGAAUCCAAGACAAGUACUGACCCGAUUCCUUAAGCACUCCAUGGAGAAUCCGAGCAACAUGCGGUCAAAGAGCCGGCCGCCGGAUGAUCCCGGAGAAGCAGACAUAGGUUGAAGAUAGGCCCAGGCGGCUUGCUUGACGAGACGGUUGCGGAUGGAGAUCUCAUAGCAGGAGCCGGAACCGGUGCCGGCAGCCGUCGGAGACUGGGCGGCGGAGGUUGAGGGCAGGAGGUCCUUGAGGGAAGUGUAGGCGAGGGAUUUGAGGGAGAUGAGCUCGAAAUCGACAUUGGGGAAGGAGGAUUGGGGGGACGAUGACGACGUUGAGGAUGAAACGCGGACGCCGUUUGGGCGUGGAAAGCUGGAGCUGUAGUGGGCCUUUGAUGGGAGGGUGAGCUUUGUGGGGAUAGCAGCUGUGCCGAUGGAGUUUCUACGGCGAAGAUUGGAAGAGGGCGGCGGGUGGGAGAUGGAGGCGGAGUCGUCCACCAUGGUUGACUGGAUGUUGAAGAGACGGGGACUGAUGGUUGUGGUUGUGGUUGUGGGGAGGUUCAGUGAUACUCGCUCUCCCCCAGAUCACCCGUCAUGGAUCAUACCAUACCCUGUGGAUGUUUUUCUCGCAGUGGUGCCAAUGAAUCGUAUGGCUUUCAGCCCUUUAGCUUCCCUCCUCCGGCGGCUUGCCUUUUGCUGCUCUUCGUCUGCGUUACAACAUGACUUACGCUUAUUGGAUUAUAUGGUAAACGUCCUUAUUCGGUGUGGUUUUUCGUUUUUGAUGUAUACACAUAGAUAUAUGUCAUCCACUCUGUUGAAUUUGCUUUUA